AUGGAUGAACAUGAGCCGUUGGUAUCUACCAACACAAGUAACCCACCGCCAGCACAGAUCACUACAGCGUCUCUGGUUCGUAGAGGCUUCAGUUUACCAUUCAUUGCACUUGGCUUUUUCUUGCUGUAUCUGUUUGGCUCGACUUCACGAUCAAACGACUUGCGUCUGGGUCAGUCCAGACUUAUUGAUGCUCAACUGCAAGAGUCUCUGGUUCUUGGAAAUCUGACCUAUGAGCAAAAUGCCACUCGCUAUUCCUCUGACUUGAGAACAAUCUUCAACGCAAUGAUGAAUGUCGGCCAUGCCCCAGUCUUUUACUCGGAUAUCGCUGGCCAAUUCAAAGGCAAAUGGGAGCUACUGCCCUUCAGCAAAAACAUAUCUGAACUUCUAGGCCAGCACUCUCGUAAGACAGUAGAUGAAUCUCCGUCCCUGGAGUUUCCAAAGGAAAGUGUAUCUGAAACUGCUUCUCAAGGGAAUAUGGACCUGACUGCUGGUGGCAAAUUCUCGUUCACUAUCAUCUCAAACAAAACAUCUAAUGAAGACAUCUUAUAUAUCAAUGGCAACAUGAAUAUCGAUGAUGGCUACAAUUCAUUUGACUCUACACUACACGGUUUGCAUUUUAAACGAAAUGGAUCCAUAUAUUUGGAAAGUGCCGUGGACGAAAGUGAAUUGUUUUUGCACAACAUACCAAAAAUGAUGCUGGAUCCACACUCUUUUCAAUCUGCAUUAUCGGUAAUCCGAUCUAUCAAUAUGGACUAUUUAAACACUCUCAAAAAACAACUUGACAACGGUAUGAUUAUUGAGCAUGUCGAUACUUCGGGCACAUCAAGUGCCAAAUGUCGGUUUCUUUUAUUUAUGCAACUACAACCAUUGCCUGCUAAACUACAGGAUAUUUUAGAUCUUGAAAAUGUUCAGAAUGAAGGGGUUUAUGUCAUUCAACCUCCACAGCUAUUGGCAGACAUGGCGUUACUAUCACCCAACUGCAAUUCAUCCUUGAAAUCCAUACAAUUGAGAGGAAUUAAAAACUCCAUAUUUAUUUCGUUGAACCAUAAUGCUGGAGUUUUUAUUGCCAUCCUAACUUUAAUUGAGCUUGUGUUAACAACUCGUCAAAUGCAGCAGUUAUCUUCACUUUCGGCACGAACAAAGAUCUCACCAAUGACUAUGGGAAUGAUGAUUAUUUUAGAUGCUUACAUGUGCAUUGUUUUAAUUUCUAUUGCGUUAAUGUUUCCUGAACUGUUCUCACCAUUUGUGGCGGCAUCUUUUUUGAAAUUUUGUUUGUUUUCUGUAUUUGAAAUGCGGUACCUAUUUGCUGUCAUACAAGCGAGACGACGAGACGGAUCUGACUCUUUAGAAAGAUCAUUUUUGUUUCGAGUGUACCUAUAUACAUUCAUUGGGGGAUUUUUUAUAUACCAUAUUGCGCUACGGUCGACACUUAUCACAAUAGUUGUAAGCAACGCCAAGCGUAACACAUGGCGGGCUUUUAAUCGAUCGUUUGUAAUUGGUACAUCUAUCACCAGAUUUUUACUUCCCCUAUACGCGUGGUAUUAUCAGGACAUUAUCAUUGCAUCUCAGUCUUUACCAUCAGCUAAAAUACUUUGGGCACUGGCUGUGUUUAUUAGUAUUCAAGUGGGAGUUUUGAUUCUUCAGGAUGUGCAAGGACCAAGGAUAUUUAUUCCCCAACAGCUUUUCCCCCAGACGUAUGACUAUCAUCCUGCGUUUCCACCACUGUCAAACAAUGAAUCCAUCUCAUUACAAAUGGACACUAUUGCUGAUUCUGAGAUUGAUUCAAAUCAAAGCAUCUAUCCACCAACUAGCAGCAACACUUUUUAUUCAACAACAGCAACAAGGCGAACUCAUGCAAUCACUUAUGAAAAAGAAGCGCUGUCAUCAAGAACUGAGUUGGAAGAUAGACAUUGUGCAAUUUGCUUUACAGAGAUCACGACUGUAACGAGUGAUCAUCCAUUCUUCAGUACUGAGCGACUCAAAUAUAUGGUCACACCAUGCAAUCAUUUGUUCCAUUCUGAAUGUUUGGAAAGAUGGAUGGAAGUGAAACUCGAGUGUCCAGUAUGUCGAUCAGAUCUGCCUCCAGUAUACUAA